UCGAUACUACAAAAUGGCAAAAGGGGAGAGGAAGAAUAAAACCAGAAAAACAUCCGCCGCAACAGAAAAUAAAAUAUUGAUCGACUCUCCGGCUCCUUCCGUGUCGGAGUCCCCAGGUGUUGUUUUAACAACGUCUGAGUUGCCGCAGUAUCAACACGUCGAGGAUCAACAGCACACGGACGAAAUACAUGAACCUCCUGCCGUUUCUGAUAUUAUCGUACAGAGGUAUGAAGGGGAAACGUACAAAAACAAAAUGCAUGGAGAGGGUGUUGCACAUUUCCAAGGUGGUCAUGUGUACAAGGGUACAUUUUCCGAGGGUCUCAUUCAAGGAUAUGGUCUCUUCACGUGGUCAGAUGGAGUGAAAUAUGAGGGCCAGUUUGAAGCCAACGUGCCCAUGGGCCAUGGAAAGUACACCUGGCUGGAUGGUAGUUCCUACGAGGGUGAUAUUUACAACGCCAUACGUCAUGGGAUCGGAGCCCACCGAUGUGCCAACACGCCUCUUCUGUACAGGGGCCAGUGGCAUCGUGGGAAAAGACAUGGCAAGGGUGUGGUCUAUUACAACCAGGCAGAGACCUCCUGGUACGAUGGUCACUGGAAGGGGAACAAGAGAGAAGGUUGGGGAGCGAGACGUUAUCCUUCUGGCAACCUGUAUGAGGGGGAGUGGCGGGACAAUGCCAGGCAUGGGGAAGGCACCAUGAAGUGGCUGACCCUGGGGGAGCAAUACGUUGGGACGUGGAGCAACGGUGUUCAGCACGGCCAGGGCACCCACACCUGGUUUGUUUGGCGGAUGCCUGGGUCCCAGUACCCCAGGAGGAACGAGUACCAGGGGGCCUUUGUCCUGGGGCAGAGGCACGGCCAGGGCACCUUCUUCUACGCCAGUGGGGAGUGUUACCAAGGAGAGUGGAGGAAAAACGAAAAACAUGGACGGGGAAAAUUCACUUUUACUAACGGCCGCAGCGUUGAAAGAGAGUUUGUGGACGACCACAUGCUGGAGUUUCCUCAGUGGGGUCUGGACGGUUCGACCAGCCCCCAUCCUGACCACCCCCCCCGUGGCGGACCGACCCACCAGCUACCUGGCCAGGGCUUUUCCUCCAUGCUAGGCCCGUACAUGGAGCUCGACAUCGACUUCCUGCUGGAGAAAUUCCCCGCGAGCAUCAGGCCCUCAGAACACAAACAGGUGGAGCUUGUGGUGCUCAGGCACGUAUCGGAGCUCAGGUCCAUCUACAGCUUCUACAGCAGCCUGGGCCACGCUGAGUCGCCCGACAACGUGUUCCUGCUGUCACGCCUUCAGUACUGGCGCCUGCUCCUGGACUGUAAGGUCCACCACCACGGCUCCUCUCUGGCUCAGCUGGACCGCCUAGUGCCAGGGGAAUUGCUCUCUCCCUACACUGGCAUCCUGCUCCCCAUUCUCAUCAGCUCUCUGGUGUCCGUAGCCUACCACACCUUUCACCAGGCCCUGGGGUCUCAGAAGAACAUUUUAGCUGAGUGCUUCUCCAAACUCAUGCAAGACAACGUUCUUCCUAAUGCAAAGAUUGUUAAAGGUUUUCUGUUCAGCAAUGUGGAACGAGUUCACAUUGCUAUGCGCUACAUGGAGAACUGCUGGAGGAUCUAUCAGGCUAUGAGUAAGGACAGCCCCACGGCCUCCCCCGGCCUCACCAUGACCUGCCGGCAGCUGCUGUUGAUGUUUAAGGAUCUCAAGGUGUUGGACACUGAACUGACCGCGAGGAAGCUAGUGGAGGUUUAUACUGCAGUGAAUCAGGACCCCAGCAACCUGUCCUACUGCAACCUGGAGCAGGAGGUUACGUUCCUGGAGUUCUUCGAGGUGCUCCUUGGUUGUGCCGAUGUGAAGCGGGACGAGGAAGCUAGAGACCAGCCACCUCAGCCCGGCCCGGCCAGUAGUCCUCCCAACCAGAGGGCCUCUCUAGCAGGGGACAGCCCCCCACCAACAACCACCCACCUCUCCCAGACGGAUGCAGCAAAAGUAAAAUGUCUGGAGGGCACUGAAGAGUCCAGCUCCAAGUCAGAGAUGGAGAAAUCGAUGGAGGCUCUGAAUUCCUCCAGUUUUGAGAAAUCUGAAGUCGGUGUCAAGGAUCACACGACGGGUUUGUUAUCUCUCCUUAUUCCACCACCAUUUAUUGCAGAUAUACAACAUAUAAUAAUUGUAUUGUGUAUUUUUCUUAUAGAUCUUUCAACAGUUAGCGAACUCAGUGUCCAGCAGGGGACUCACCCAGACGACCAGGUGUCCUCGGCGUGCGUCAGUGUGUCCAUGCAGCAGGCCUCGGCACUGGAGAGCGAAAGCUUCCCUUUGAACCCUAGCGAGGCCACUAGACAGACCGGGGUCGUUGAGAAGGAGGCAGAGGAGAGUGAGCUGGACAUGUGGAUUCAGAGGACACACCUGUUCUUCAGCCAGCUGUUUUUCCCUGCCUAUGAGCACUGCCAGCGCCUGGACCAGGAGGUACAGGACGAGAGGUGUCGCCAGAAGGCCCAGCAACGCAUCGCCUUGGCCAAGGCCCAAGAGAGGGCCAGGCAAAUAAAGGAGCUCAAGGCAGAAGAGGAGGAGAGAAGGGAGGAAGAGAAGAGGCGAAGGGAGGAAGAGGAGGACGAGUUGACCGGCCCCUCCCCAGGGGCCCUGACCCCAGUGGGCUCCAGCUCGUCUCUGGCUCCCACAGCCACAGGCAAGAAGAACAAGCAGCUCAUAUCCAAAGAGGCUCUUUAGUUAUAUUUCCUCUGUCUCUAAUUCUAUGCACCAUGUUUCCCCUGCGAUGAAAUAGGAAAAAUAUGGUGGCAUAUCACAAAAUAAAUAUAGACCAUUGAU